CUUCUUAAUAACGCACACGCAAUACCCAAACCCGCGUAUUAUCACGAAAGCAUACUACAUUCUUCAAGAUGCCGGCCACGGGACCGUCACAUGCGCCCCCGCCACAGCUACCAGGCUUCCUCAUACCCAACCAUGAAGCGCAACCACUCAAACAAGCUGUCGCGGACCUUCUCGAACGCGACAAUGUACGCUUUCCAGGCGCCCAGCCCGUAUCAUUUGCACGCGAACAUAUUGCCGAGCUUCAGCGGAACGAAUACUUCAUGUGUGAGAAGACGGACGGCUUGCGCUGUCUUCUCUUCCUCCACUGGCAGGAGGGGCCAACGGGUGCCUUUGAGCCUUUGACCUUUCUGAUUGACCGCAAGAACAAUUACUACGAUGUGCGACCACCCUUUCGAAUACCGCAUUACAUGCAUCCAAACGAACCCGAGCCCUUUCUGUACGGCACGAUCCUGGACGGCGAACUAGUACAUGACCAGUAUCCAAACGAGUCUGCGCCGCGGUUGAAUUUCUACGUCUUUGAUUGUUUGGCAGUCAACGAGCAGAAUGUCACGGGGAGAACACUAGACAAGCGGUUAGGACGGUUGCACGAUUGGGUCAUCAAACCGUACGAAAUGUACCUGACGAGGACUUUUGGCAAGAACAUCCGACCAGAUGACCUCAAACCAUUUGCGCUCAAGGGCAAGAAGACCUAUGCAGCGUAUAAACUUGAGGACAUGUUCAGCAACAUACUGCCAAACCUCCGGCACGGCAACGAUGGCCUAAUCUUCACCUGUGUAUCCACACCAUAUCAGUUUGGCACAGAUCGACACAUUCUCAAAUGGAAGCCACCGCACGAGAACACAAUCGACUUCAAGCUCCGCCUCGGCGAGUUCCCCUUCAUUGACCCUGAAGACGGCGAAGAAGGCCUGAUUCCCGACUACGACGCAAUGCCGCGCCCCAUCGAACUCCUUGUCCAGCACAAUCAAAACAAGUACCAAGUAUUUGCCCAGCUUUCCCUCGCCCCAGCCGAGUGGGAAACGCUCAAAUCCCUCAACCAGCGUCUAGACGGCCGCAUAAUUGAGUGCUAUCGCACAGAUAAUGGGCAGUGGAAAUACAAGCAAGAAGCAGACGGCACGCCCCGCUGGCGCGAUGACAAGAAAGAUGCUAAUCACAUCAGCACGGUCAAUAGUGUGUUGGAGAGUAUUGAAGCGCCCGUCACGGAGAUGGACCUAUUGGCCAAUGCGGAGAAUAUCAAACGUGAGACGUAUCGUAUGCAGGGCAAGCUCGAUCAGUACCGGCCGUCGCAAGAUGCGGGCGAGCGCGAGGCCAAGAAGCGCAAGUUUAGCAAUUCAGGUGUGAAUGGACAUUGAGAUGAAGAUGACUUUGGCCGGUAGAGUUGGCACACGUUUGAUGUAUCUGGGAGAAAAACCGUAUUUCAGUUAUUGCUAUCAGCUGAAAAGCUUGUCUACAUCUAGCGGCGUCUGGAUUUGGCGUUUUCUGGUCAUUUUUUGGGGGGCACGCGUUGGAGCUGCGAACAUGAUACCCAAGCUCUGCUAGAUAGAUGAAGGGGCCACUUGAAUAGGAUUAUUCAUCUUUACAUUGUCCGCUUUUCCCAGAGAUAUUCAAGCUAUGUCGUUGCACUGGUGUCUCCGUAACUUUAAAUGAACCAAAGAAAGAUCUUGUGAACUUGUCAGUACCAAGUCUUUCGAUCAAGAAGAAAAAUGGCAUA